UCCAAUUUUUUUUUCUUUUUGUUUUCUCUUACUCCUUUUUGGACAAAUAGUCAGUCAAAAUUCAAAAGCUGUAGCCUUCCCUCGUCCAACCACUCCCACUUCUCUCUCUACAUUUCUCUCUCUCUCUCUCUGUCUAUAUGCAGAGAGAGAAAGUAUAGUAGUACAUUUGAACACACACACACACACACACACAUUUCGCAUUCACGUUGAAUUGAAAAUUCUAUUUUUUCUCAUACAGUCAAAACUUUCAACUCCUACCCUUUUUGUUCGUCGUCGUCUUCUUCUGCAAAAAAACCCCCCAAAGAUCAGACUUCAGAGUGCAUGAUUCCAAUGGCGGAAAUUAAUAAUCACUGCAAAAAGAAGCAGAUAAUCACGACGACGACGACGGUCAUGCAAACUCAUCGCCACCACCAACAAGGCCAAUAUUCUUCCCGGCGAAAACCUCUCUCCGUCGUCGUCAAAACCGAAUCCGGCAACACUAACAACAACCGCUCCGAUCAUCGGAGCAGAUCUCGUCAUCUGGAAGAAGAAGAAAUUAAGCUAGCCGCCUUGGCAAUCAGCUUCAACAUACGUCUGAGAUCCGCCGACAUGCCCUCCGCCAUGCAGGAGCGCGCCCUCCGCCACACCCGCGCUCUCCUCGACGCCGCCGCCCCCUCCCGCCGCCCCAACCCCACCCUCCUCGCCCGCUCCCUCAAAAAGGAAUUUGACUCGUUGUAUGGGCCGGCGUGGCACUGCGUGGCGGGGAAGAGUUUCGGAUCGUUCGUGACUCACUCGCCGGGUGGGUUCCUCUAUUUCUCGGUCGACUCGUUCUCGUUUCUUCUUUUCAAGACUGAGGUCCACGUCAUCGCUCAACCAUCACCAAAACCUAAUUAG